AUGCAGUUCAUAUACCUCGCUGUCACAGUAGCCCUCACAAACUAUGCUGUAGCACAGUCGGUCGCAACUGGAAUGCUCGGAAAUGCAACAGUGGUAGAAGACAACCCGCCCGGAGUUACCUAUACAGCCUCUUUACCAAGUAUGAACCUAAGUAGUCAAAAUAAUUCACGAAGUAAUAUAAUGGGAUCCGUUACCGCUACAGCCAAUCCUGAUGGGAUCGGUGUAAUGUUUAAUGUUAGCUUCUCUAACUUACCCACCACGGGUGGCCCUUUUGCUUAUCAUCUUCACGUCGCACCUGUGCCUUCAGAUGGAAACUGUACCGGCACUCUGGGACAUCUAGACCCAUUUAUCCGUGGUGAGGAAUUAGCAUGUAACAUGUCGCUACCUCAGACAUGUCAAGUUGGGGAUCUUUCUGGGAAGCAUGGAAAAAUUACCUCGGAUCCUUUCAAAGCUAGCUACAGCGAGGAAUUCGCAUCGACCACGACAGGACUCGGCUCCUUUUUUGGAAAUCGAUCGAUUGUAGUUCAUUCCAGCGAUAAGACUCGUAUUGCAUGUGCCAACUUUACCCUUGCUGGUGCUGUUGGAGAUGAAAUGAGUAACACUACAAACGGGACCUAUGGCAAUAGCACCGAUGGAAAUGGAACUGACAACACCUCACCAAUUCAAUUUGAAGGGAACGCUAAUCAAAUAGGCAUUACUUAUGUUAUUGCAUUAACGACCCUGAUACACCUCGCCCUAAUGGCUUGA